GGCGUGGCCGUCUGUGAGCGUUUGGCGGGAUUUCUGAAAGUCGCGCGUCACUGGGCGAAGUGCGCGCAGACGGGUUCCUGGUCAAACCGUGUUCUCCGGAAACGCGCCUGGAAAGGCUGAAAUUUGCUCCUGUUCUUCACAGAAGACCCGACCGAGGAGCUGAGAAGUGGGUUCGAGCCGGUGACGGCGGUUCUCGUGGCGAGUGCAGACCCGGCCGCCGCAGGAGGGGACGGUAAUGGCUAUGCAGAUGCAACUUGAAGCAAAUGCAGAUACUUCAGUGGAAGAAGAAAGCUUUGGUCCACAACCUAUUUCACGGUUAGAGCAAUGUGGCGUAAGUGCCAAUGAUGUGAAGAAAUUAGAAGAAGCCGGUUUCCAUACGGUGGAGGCUGUUGCUUAUGCACCAAAGAAGGAACUCAUAAAUAUUAAGGGAAUUAGUGAAGCCAAAGCUGACAAAAUUCUGGCUGAGGCCGCGAAAUUAGUUCCAAUGGGUUUCACCACUGCAACUGAAUUUCACCAAAGGCGUUCAGAAAUCAUACAGAUUACUACUGGCUCCAAAGAGCUUGACAAACUGCUUCAAGGUGGAAUUGAGACUGGAUCUAUCACAGAGAUGUUUGGAGAAUUCCGAACUGGGAAGACACAGAUCUGUCAUACAUUGGCUGUAACAUGCCAGCUUCCCAUUGACCGUGGUGGAGGUGAAGGAAAGGCCAUGUACAUUGAUACCGAGGGUACAUUUAGGCCAGAACGACUGCUAGCAGUAGCUGAGAGAUAUGGUCUCUCUGGCAGUGAUGUCCUAGAUAAUGUAGCAUAUGCUCGAGGGUUCAACACAGACCACCAAACCCAGCUCCUUUAUCAAGCAUCAGCCAUGAUGGUAGAAUCCAGAUAUGCACUGCUUAUUGUAGACAGUGCUACUGCCCUCUACAGAACAGACUACUCAGGUCGAGGAGAGCUUUCAGCCAGGCAAAUGCAUUUGGCCAGAUUUCUGAGGAUGCUGCUGCGACUUGCUGAUGAGUUUGGUGUAGCAGUGGUAAUCACCAACCAGGUAGUAGCCCAAGUGGAUGGAGCAGCCAUGUUUGCUGCAGAUCCCAAAAAACCUAUUGGAGGAAACAUCAUUGCCCAUGCUUCAACAACCAGGCUGUACCUGAGGAAAGGAAGAGGGGAAACCAGAAUCUGCAAAGUCUACGACUCUCCCUGUCUUCCUGAAGCUGAAGCCAUGUUUGCCAUUAAUGCAGAUGGAGUGGGAGAUGCCAAGGACUGACUCAUCAGGGCCUUUUUUCUGUGAUAAACUUUUAAAUGCUAUAUAGCCUAAUGAAGAGGACUGCUCCCUGGGCUUCUUCAGGCUCUUUCUGAUGUGACUGCUAGGACAUGGCUUCCAGAAAAACAAUUAUUGUAUCAGUUUCUGGUGGCAGAAACAGGGGACAGGUCAGUAUUCAAACUGUUCUGAAAUGUUCACUUCUUAUAGAGUUUAUUGUCUGAUUUCUUUGGUGUUUGGAGGAAAGAUAUGAAAUAACAGCUAUCAGUCUUAUGUUUCAAAACUGGAAAGACCUGAGUUUUCUCUCACUUCUCAAUAAUGGUAAAAUAAAAUGCCUGAGAUGUGUAACAGUGGGAA